AUGCCUCCCAAGCGAAGAGGCUCGGCUUCGGGUCUCCGCGCCGAUGUUUCGAAACGGCUGCGGGCAGGGCGACAGGUUAUGAAUGUGGUUUGUCAGCAGUGCACUCUACGCAACGCAGCUGGGGCCGUUAGCUGUGCAGCUUGUGAUGCCUCUCUGGCUGAUUGGACAUGCUCGACAUGUACGCUGAUCAACACUCCGGCUGCAGACUGCUGUGCUGCAUGUGAGACUCCCCGGAAGAGCGCGCGAGCCUGGUCAUUGCACUCGUCCGUACCGUUGUCGGACGCUGACAGUGUCGUGCUACCUCCACAGCUUGAUUUGGCCCCACGGGCCUCCUUGGUGUUUCUGCAUGGUUUCUGCAACACUGCGGAAAUGUAUUCCGAAAGUGAGGUAUUCACUCUCUUCCGCUGUCAGGGCUUGCGGGUCAUCCUCCCCACUGCGCCACUGCAACGCAUUACAGCACAUGGUGGCCAGAAGCAGAAUGCAUGGUAUGACUAUUUAACGGACCAUGACGGGGCGCAGGAGGAUGAUAUUGAUGAUCGUUCGCUGACUGCAACGCGCCGGCGACUCAACAUGAUCGUGGAUGCAGAAGCAGCUCUGAUGGGAGAACAUCGCAAAGUUCUGCUGGGUGGGGCGUCUCAAGGCUGCUGCGCCGCCUUUGAUGCUUUUGCGCGGCAUCCUGCAACACUUGGCGGAUUCGUUGGAUUCGUCGGCCAUCCGCUGAAGACGACACCGCUGCAAAGUUCACUUCAGCGAGAUGUGCCCUGCUUUUUCUUCAACGCUGCUGCAGAUGACACAAUGCGAACGCAAUGGGUGCUUCCUGCGAUUCGUCGUCUUCCUGCUGCGGGUUGGACUCGAGUAAACGUGGAGGUUGCUGAUGGAGCAGACCAUGGCACAUCGGACGAGCUGGAGAAUCAUUGGAUGGACAGUUUUCUAGCACAGCUGCGUGCUGACCAAGUCCGUGAUGCGGCUUUGGCUGCCGCGACUUCAGCGUUGCUCGAACACGGCCGAUCUACAGAAGACGCUUCGCAGGCACGUCAAGCCAUCGAGGAAUCACUUAUGCAAGCCAUCGCUGAAAUGAAAGUCAACGGGUCUCCCGAGCACAAACUGUGUGACAUCAGCGAUGGGGAAGCUCUGCAUCGCCUCGUGCCGCCUGACCGCUGGUGUGUCACACGUGAUGAUUUUUCGCACCUCCACAAACUGAUUCUUGAUGCUUUGGAGGAUGGGUGGGUGGCACCGUCUGCAGCAGAUCCAUUUGACAAGAGUGAUGGCACCAUUGGCCCCAGCAUCUACACUUUGACUGACCAGCUCAUAAAGCCCAUAACGCUGGCUGCUGGUGGCAUGAGCUGGUCUUUGAUGAGGCAUCCUGCUGGGCUUGCGUGCGACGUCUUCGUCACGCACGCCUGGCAGGAAGGAAUCUUCGAGUUUACCCGGCAGCUGUUGAACUCCUGGCCCUUUGAUGCGAGGAAUGCUUGGUGCUGUAUGCUUGCGAAUCCGCAGAACCUGAACAUCGAGAGGCUGAUCAGCGAGCCGAAGUCCUCUCCUUUUGCAGUUGCGCUGGUCUCUGCCAGGUAUGUGCUUGUGGUGCCGAACGAGCAUGAAAGCGUGUAUGCGAGGUUGUGGUGUGUUUACGAAGCUUUCCUUGCGUUUGAGCACGAAAAGAUCAUUCUGACAGCUACCAUGCCCUACCACCGGCGAAAGCUGCAAGCGGCCAGCACAGCAGUACUGUGUUUCGGCGUGGGCUUUUGCGUGGGUCGUCGGGUAUCAUGCUGCGAGUACCACUCCACGCCAGCACGUUGGCUGACAACGAUUUUCUGCUGCCUGUUUUUCAUAUCCAACUGCGUAUCUGUUCCGCUUUGCCGCCGUAUCGCUCACCUUGUCAAUGCUGGCUUGGCGGGAUUCUUUAUGGCUGUUUCGCUUGUGCCGCUGCAAUUGCUGCAAUUUCCUCAGAAGCAGGUGUCGGCAUUUGUCACAGCGUGGACCCUUUUCUGGUGCUCGAUGGGGGUCUGUUUAACGGUUGCGGAGGUGGACCGAGUAAAUCGGCAAGCCACAGAGGCAAGCGAACUGAGUUUGGAAGCUGGCUACUCGGGGAGCAGCUGCUUUGCACGCUGUUCUUGGGAAGACGAUGCUCUCAGAAUCUGGCGCGAGAUCGGGGCACGAUCUAGUGUUGUUGACGCCACCAUUGGUGUGUUGCUUAGAGCGGGUAUGUCGACGGCUUCCUUGCGACGAGCAUCAGCGGCAGGCAUCGAUGUCAAGCAUGCAGUGGAUGCAGAUCAUGCGACUCUUAUGUUUUUCGUAAGCUUCCAUGUGGCCAGACUUGUCACUUGCACUUUGGUCCUUGAUUCCCCGGCUGGCUGGGCAGUGACACUUUUCUGGCUUGGAGCUAUCCUUGGCACUGUCCUGACAUACGUGCGAUCGCAGAAAGAUGGCCGCGCCUUCAUCUGCAAAGUUGCCAAGAAGGUGUUGAUGCUGGACCUUGUCCAGAUCAUUGCGUGCAAGAUCGCCGAUCUGAGCUUCAUGUCCAACACGGCGAUCGUUCUUCCCCUCGGCACCUCCACGGCUUUCCUGACGUCGGUGCUCUCUCUGAUCGGCUUAGACGGGGCUGCGACAUUGCCAGGAUGUGGGUCCAUCCUUGCCAAGGCGCUUCUGACCGAAGUGGUCUUCACGCUGUCACGGGCGUACACAGAGUCAGAGCGCGGGUUUUCAUCGCCUGAGUGGUCCGAGCAAGAAGUCGAGCAGGAGUUCCUUUGCAAGACCCGCCUGCGGGUCGCUGCCGAGGAGGCCUUUGCCGAGCAGGCCCGAGGAGUUGCCACAGAGGAAGCUGCGAGAGCAGAGGCCAGUGAGCGAAUCCAGGACCUGCAAAAGCGUGCCGCCGGCAGAGAUGCGCAGCUGAAGGCAGCCUUGUCAGAGACCGCUGCUCUGGAAGCCGCGCUUCGAAGUCAACGGGCCAAGGCUCGAGACCUGGGUCUGCGAGUCGAGAGGCAGGAGCAGCGUGUAAGGCAGCUGCAGCGCGAGCAACAUCACAAAGACCUGUUGAAGGAUGCCGAGGCGAGCUUCAGUUGGUCAGAUGCAUCCUCCGAGCUCAUCGCGACCAUCGGCGAACUGGGCUUUGCGGAAGUGGCGCUGCGAGGCCGCAACAAAUCGACCAUGGCUUCCGAGUCAAAUACUGUUCCCAUGCCGAGGCAAGCUUCCCUCCUGGACGCGGCGGCGCAGUUCCUCCGGGGCGAACUCGAGAGCUUGGCAGAAGCGCUUCCACAGGACACGCGCCGCAAAGAAGCCAAGACAGCCUCUGCGCUGGGCCUGCUGAGGGAGCUCCGACGGAGGACCAGCUCCCUGCAACGUGGCGCAGACUGGCUUACAAUAGGCGGUUUUGUAAAAGGAGCGAAGGCCGCCAGUCGCGCCAUCGCAGCCAUCGCAGCCAUGCAAUGUUCCGAGGUCGCCUGCGACGAGCUCCAGAGGCCUUCAGUGAUGGAGUUGGGUUGUCGAAGUGCGGCUGAGAGUUGGGACCAGGCAGUAAUUAGUCAGCUUCAUUCCUUCGUGGCACGAAUUUCGAAGGCUAGUCGAGACAUCCUGGCAGUGAUCAGGAAAAUGGGAUGGGGCAUUCAUCCGUUGCCCUGGUACCCGGACGGAUUUCUUCUCUCUGGCUCCGGUCAGGACAUUGGGAGCACGGUCGAGCACUUGACGGGGGAGGUCUACAGCCAAGAGCCGACAUCCAUGCUGCCUGCCAUUGCUUUGGCACAAGCGGUGCAGGACGCCAAAACGGCUCCGGAGCUGGUCCUCGACCUGUGCGCAGCGCCUGGCAGCAAGGCGAGUCUGCUCGCGACGGUUUUGGAGUCUUCGCAAAUCGUAGCAAACGAGCCAGACGACGCUCGGCGGCGCGUGCUCUUUGCCAACAUCUUGCGCGCUGGUGUUGCCAACUGCCUGGUUGUUGGCAGUGAUGGUCGCGACGUGGGUGACCUUGCGAAAAGCUGCUUCGAUGCUGUGCUGGUGGAUGCGCCCUGCUCGGCAGAGGGCAACUUGAGGAGGUUCCUGAAUGCUGUAGUCGGCGCCAUGCAACUUCAAAAUCUCUUGACGACACGUUUUGCGGAGCUCGACGAAGAAUUGAAAAAUGUGUGCGACGAGCUUCAGCGGCGUGUUCACAAUGUGCAAGACACGAUUCAGGGAGAAGUUGCCGAGUACCUUCGCGAUCGUGAUAGCCUGCUGCCCGAUGAGACCGAUGUGGAUCCAGAGCCUGGUGGUGGAGACCUGCUCGAGAACUGGAUCUUGAGGGAGGAUGCUCUCAGUGCCCCUCAAGAGGAAUCCAAAGAUGAGCUCCCGAUCGGUGCCCUGGUCUUGCGGCAGUCGGCAUUGGCGCUGCAGAGUGCUUCAGGGCUGUCACACCUCCGAUUGAACUCCCACAUGAUGGAGCUGUCCAACAAGACGCACGGAGUCGUCGAAGCCCUGGGCAAAGACAGGAUCAAAAGCAAUCUGACACAGCGAAACCAGAAAACGACCCGGCGGUUCAGCGGGAUGAUGUAUGCCACCGAGCUGACUAAUAGGUGUAAGCUGCCCGUGGCCAAGCCAAGCGACAGAAUCCGAGUUGCCUGGGACAUUAUGAGCAUUUGUUUGAUCGUGAUGGACGUUUUCUUGUUGCCGGCAGCCAUUGCGUGGGAGCUGGAAGAACAGACAAAUGUCUCUUUUGGCAAACUGAUCGUGCAGAUUUUUAGCGCAAUCGCGAUGGUGUUCUGGCCAUUGGACAUCAUUCUAAAUUUCAACACUGCUUUUUAUGCGGGCUCUGUGCUUGAGACUCGUCGUUCCGCCAUCGCCAGACGCUACUUGCGCUCCUGGCUCCCCUUUGACGUGACUGUGGUCAUGCUGGACUUUGCCUUGGCUCUCUCGACCGCCUCGGAGGAAGUGGGUGGCGUCAUGCAACCUUUCCGAUCAGCCCGUUUCCUGCGGGUCUUUCGAUCACUCCGCAUCUUGCGCCUUCUCAAAGCCGGAAAAAUCAAUGUGGUGCUGGAGAAUAUGUUGAUCUCGAUGGGACGACAGUGGCUCAUUCUUGCCUUCACUGUGGGAAGGAUGCUGCUGACCAUCGUGAUGGUGCUCCACAUCCUUGCCUGCACAUGGUGGGGUCUGGGCAAAGCUGUGUCAAGCCCUGGCCCGCCUGCCAUGAACAGCUGGAUAGAUAUUGCCGACAUUUGGCAUUUGAGCGGUCAAGCUCAAUACAUCCACGCGAUGCAAUGGAUUUUGCUCCCUCCGGCUCCAGCACCUCUUGCGACUGACAGCGCUUAUGAGCGACUGGCUACGAUAAUGACAGUUGUGGUGACAGUUCUGGUGAUUGGUACAUCCCUUUCCGUGCUAACGGGGACUUUGCAGGAGAUCCGUCAGGUUAACAACGAGCGCAGCAGACGCUUGAAGAAAUUCUCAGGUGGUGCUGAUCUCGAAGAUGUGGGCAUGUCAAACUACUCAGUGUUCCUAAUUCCUAGUGUGUGCUUGUGA